UUUUAAAAACAUAACAUUUAAGAACUUUAUAACACGCAAAGAACAUCUUAUCAUAAGAACUUGAUACACAUUUCAGACCUAAAAUGCUCUUCUCACAUAAUUGUCGGCUAAGGCUUCUCUGGCAGGUACUUAAAUGAACCAGUAAUAAUGCAGACUGGUAAGAAUCUGUCUGUGGCACAAAUACAAGUAAAAGAAACUGUGCGUUGGCUCAACCUAAAUAUACAAUGUUUUGCUGUCAAGUUAUGGCAGGUUUUUAUGAGGUGCUGGGACAUUUUGAGGUCGUAGAAAUUUGCCAUGUAAAGUUCAGCCCUCGUCAACAUGAAGGUUUUUAAGGGGGAUGAUGGGAAUGAGCACACCCCUGAAGGAUGAGUCACAGCCAAACACAUGAGGUCUCAAUUACAGGAGAGGAGGGGGAAAAAAAAAAACACACAGACACACAGUUCAUUGCCCCCAGACACAAAGUUUGGAUGUGAGAGUGUGUCAGUGUCAGAUAAAACACAGAGAGGAUCGCAGCUUCUUCACCUGCAGACCAGAGCAGCUGGAGGAUUGAAGGCAGACAUGAGGCUCUGCUCCUGGGUCGGAUAUGGCUGUGUCCUGCCCGUCCUGGUUCUUCUGACUGUCCUGCAUGUCGAAGCAGAUCAGGUCAAAGAGAGACACUAUUACAUCGCUGCUGUUGAGAUAGACUGGAACUACAGUGGAAAUGACUCAAACAGGUUCAGUCCCACCUAUAAGAAAGUGGUCUUUCGGGAGUAUGACAGAGACUUCAGGCAGGCUAAGACUCAUCCAUCGUGGUUGGGUCUUCUCGGGCCCACACUGAGGGCCGAGGAGGGAGAGACGAUUGUCGUCACUUUCAGGAACAUGGCGAACGGACCGUACAGCAUCCACCCACAUGGGGUGGCUUACGGGAAACAGUCUGAGGGUGCCAACUACUUUGACAACACAUCACAGAAAGAGAAGGAGGACGACAUCGUGCGGCCAAACGGUGAACACGUCUACUACUGGGAGGUGACUCCAGAGGUUUCUCCACAGCAGGAUGACCCCGCCUGCCUCACCUACACCUACAUCUCCCACCAGAACGUGGUGGAGGACUACAACUCAGGCCUCAUCGGGACUCUGCUCAUCUGCAAGCCUGGCAGUCUGGAUGACUCGGGGAAGCAGGUCCGCUUCCAUCAGGAGUAUGUCUUCCUCUUUGGGGUUUUUGAUGAGAAGGAGAGCAAGUACAAACCAAACGGGCACAGCUCAGACAACCAUGUGAAACACACCAUCAACGGAUACACAACAGGAUCACUGCCUGAUGUGAGCGUGUGCGCCCACGCCUCCGUCAGCCUGCAUCUGGUGGGAAUGAGCUCAGAGCCAGAGGUUUUCUCGGUGCACCUGAACGGCCAGGUGCUGCAGCAGACGGGCCACAAAGUGUCGUCAGUGGGGCUGAUCAGCGGCUCGACGGCCACCGCCAGCAUGGUGGCUCUGCACACCGGCCGCUGGCUGCUGUCCUCACACACCAUCAAGCACAUGGAGGCCGGCAUGCACGCUUUUGUGGACGUGAAGAAGUGCGAUGCCUUUAAAGAACCGGUGCGAAGGAUGACCGUCGCACAACGGCGAGAAAGCACGGAGUGGAAAUACUACAUAGCUGCUGAGGAAAUCAUCUGGAACUAUACACCAAACAUGCAUGAGCAUAUUGAUGAGGACUUCAAGCAUAUGUACCUGAAGCAGUCAUCGACACGGAUAGGUGGCAGGUACAAGAAGGCGGUUUACACUCAAUACAGUGACGAGACCUUCACUGAAAGGCUGGAGAACAAGCAAAGGAAAAACGAGCUGGGAAUCCUGGGUCCAGUGAUCCGAGCACAGAUCAGAGAUGUUAUCAAGAUAGUUUUUAAGAACAUGGCCUCCAGGCCCUACAGCAUCUACCCACAUGGGCUGACGGUGGAGAAGUCAGAGGAAGGAGUCAACUACCCAGAAGGAGGAAACCAGUCUCACGGUGUUCAGCCAGGUGAGACACACACCUACGUAUGGAAAGUCAUGGAAGAAGACGAACCUCUGGAUGGAGACCCUCGAUGUCUGACCCGACCGUACCACAGUGCAGUAAACGCACCACGAGACAUCUCCUCGGGUCUGAUCGGACCAAUUCUCAUCUGCAAGAGUCAAUCGCUCAACGUCAGAAACGUGCAGCUAAAAGCAGACAAGGAGCAACAUGCUGUGUUUUCUGUGUUCGAUGAGAACAAGAGCUGGUACCUGGACGACAACAUUCGUCAGUAUACUGAUCGAUCCAAAGUCAACAAGGCAGAUCCGGACUUCUAUAAAUCCAACGUCAUGCACACGAUCAACGGUUACAUGUUUGAAAGCGGCCCGCAGUUGGGUUUCUGCAACGGGGAAGUUGCAACUUGGCACGUGUCCAGUAUCGGAGCUCAGGACUACAUCCAGACCGCCACCUUCUACGGACAUACGUUUGAGCUGAACGAGAGGACGGAGGACUUUCUCAGCCUCUACCCAAUGACUGGAGAAUCCAUCACCAUAACAAUGGACAACAUCGGUGUCUGGCUGCUCGCUUCCCUCAAUUCCCAUGAGACAACCAAAGGAAUGCAUUUGAAGUUUCAGGACGUCGAGUGCUACCGCGACUACAUGUAUGAGUACGACUACGACGAAACGAAAACAAACAAGGAAUUUACUGUGUGGAACCCUCUGAGCUUGGACGAAAUAAAAAAAGAGGAGGAAGUAGUACAACCUGAGAAAGAAGCCCCGGCAGUGGUGGAUAUUUACACGUACGGAUUUGCAGAAGAAUUAGGUCUCAGGUCUCUGAAGAACAAAACGACCGACUCGGAUGUGGAGCAGCUGGACCUCUCUUUCCUUGAUUAUGAUUUUUAUGAUGGAGAUGUGGCUGUCACCCCGAAUUCCAAGAAGACAAAGAAUAAAACUGAGACCACUAAUCCAAAGACAGAUGCACUAAAUGGAACGUUAUCUUCAAACUGGACAGAUGUGGGUGGCCAAAACCUGACAAAAGUUAAUUUGCAAAACCAAAGCAUUAGUGAGAACACAACACAUGUACAGAACAUUAGUGCACCAUUAGUUUUUGACAAUUCUUCUGUGUAUGAAACAGAGAACACAACUGGUUUUAACAACCACAAUGUGUCGCUAAAGACUGACAGUAUAACUGCAAAUGGCAGUGCUUCUGAUGUCGAUAACGUUGCUGUUUCAGGCACAGAAAACACAACAGUAUCCAACAAUACAGCAUCAUCAGUGGUUGGAAAUGCGUCUACAGUGGCUACCAAUCUUACCACCGCAUUGUCAGGAAAUGCAAGUUCCACCUUGGAAAGAGUAAAUGUGACACUGACUGGUGAUAGUCUGACAUACGUGGAAGUGAUUUCGGUGGAGGACUCAGAGGAGACACUCAUUCGAGGAGAUGUAUUCUCAUACUCGGUGCCUUCGUCUGGCAACGACAAGACCCCAAACAGCAACACAUCUGCUACUGCUCAAAGUCCAAAAAGAGAGGGCGAGAAUAACACAAAAACGACGCUGUCAGCAGAUGGAACAAACCAUUCGUUGUCUCUUCCAGCACCUAACUCUGUAGAAGUUAACAUCAGCAGCACAGGUGUACGAAACUUAAACAUCUUCAGGUCACCGGUGGGAAGCACCAACAAUGAAACCAACAACAAUGACUCGUCAAUCACUGGAGCAAAGCUGGAUUCCUCUGGAGUCGUGACUGUCAAUUCCAGCCUUGAAAAUGUAACACACAUUUCCCUCAAUAAUCUAACAGUAGAUGUAUCCAGAUCAGAUCCGUCAUGGAGGAAUAGUUCAGAAAGUGGGGAGAACGUCACAGCUCUUCUUGAGGAGUUGACUUAUACACCUUCAUCCAAGGAACUCAAUGACUCAGUAAGCAGCGAAGAAGAACUGUUUAUCUACCUUCAAGAAAACCAAACACAGGUUAUUAAAAGCUCCUCAAUCAAACAACAUAGCCAUAACUGGACUUACGAGGGAACUCAUAAGAUUGUGCCCAUGGAGAUUCCCGACCACAUGAAGAAAUACAUUGAGAUCCGUCAAACUGAGCCGCCUCCGACAAGGAAGGUAAAGAAGGUGAACAUGCGAAAGAGACCUCAGAAGGGUCAGGGUAUGAAAACAAAGAAGAGGAAGGACUACAAGCCUCAGGCCAGGACUGGUUUACCAUUCUCCCCUCGCGGAUUCAAUCCAGGAAUGAGCCCUCGCGGGUCUCGACCAAUGGCGCCACAACUGAUCUCUGAUGAGGAGCAGCUGAUCAACAUGCCUGUCGUCAUUGGUGUGCCACGGCCCGAUUUCAGCGACUACGAGCUGUACAUUCCCGGAGACGAACCGGCUCAUCUCGGGCUGGAUGAACAAGAUGUGAAAGCAAAUGAGUACGAGUAUGUGAUGUACAAAGACCCCUACAGUAGCCAUGAAGAGAUCAAGAAUUUGAACCUGGACGAGACCACCAAGUACCACUUAAAAUUCUCAGGCCCAAACGUCAAGACUUACUUUAUCGCUGCAGAGGAGGUUGUAUGGGACUACGCUGGCUACGGGCAGAGGCUUGAUAAAUCGCACCAAAACCAGCGAGAGACGAAGUUCACCAAGGUGGUUUUCCGAGGCUACAUGGACAGCAGCUUCAGCACCCCUGACAUCCGUGGAGAGCUAGAUGAACAUCUGGGCAUCCUGGGGCCUCUCAUCAAGGCUGAGGUUGGACAAAGUAUCAUGGUGGUGUUCAGGAACAACGCCAACCGUCCAUAUUCAAUACAUCCUAACGGGGUUUCAUAUACAAAGCAGUCGGAGGGUUUGUCCUACGAGGACGGCUCCAAGUACUGGUACAAAUACGACAACGAGGUCCAGCCAAAUACCACCUUCACAUAUUUAUGGAAAGUCAACUCUAUGGUUGGACCAAAACCGGGAGAGUCUGACUGCCGAACCUGGGCCUACUAUUCAGGCGUCAAUCCUGAAAAAGAUAUCAGUUCUGGCUUGAUUGGACCUUUGCUGGUGUGUCAAGAAGGAACCCUGAACAAGAAGUUAGAAGACACGAGGGAGUUUGUGCUGCUUUUCAUGACAUUCGAUGAGUCCCAGAGCUGGUACUACGAGAAGAACCGCGAAUUAAUGCAACGGAAGACCAGAAGGAGAGUUUUGGAACCUUACUUGGGAGAGAACCUCAAGUUCCACUCCAUCAAUGGAAUUGUCUACAGCCUGAAGGGCCUGAGGAUGUACACCAACCAGCUGGUGCGCUGGCACCUCAUCAACAUGGGUUCUCCCAAAGACCUACACAGUGUCUACUUCCACGGACAAACGUUCCUGCACAAGCAGACCACCAGCUACCGGCAGGCUGUUUACCCACUGCUGCCUGGAAGCUUUGCUACUUUGGAGAUGUAUCCGUCCAAACCUGGCCUGUGGCAGCUGGAGACAGAAGUUGGUUUUAACCAACAGAAGGGCAUGCAGACCCUCUUCCUGGUUCUAGAUAAUGACUGUUACCGUCCACUGGGUCUGGAGUCAGGUAGCGUGAAGGACAAGCAGAUCACAGCGAUCAACACUAGAGGACACUGGGAGCCAUAUCUUGCCAGACUGAACAAUGGCGGUAAAUACAACGCAUGGAGCACUGAUCAGAACCACAGCUGGAUUCAGGUGGACUUCCAGCGACCCGUUGUGAUCAGUCAGGUGGCCACGCAGGGAGCCAAGCAGCUGUUCCAGUCGCAGUACGUGAAAAAGUACUCGAUCUCCUACAGCAACGACCGCAGGAAGUGGAUCUUCUACAAAGGCGACAGCAGGAACUUCAGGAAGGUGUUUGAAGGUAACAAUGAGGCCUAUCAGACGACCACAAACACCUUCUUUCCUCCUAUGAUUGGACGGUUCAUUAGGCUCCACCCCAUCGAAUGGUACAACACGGCCACAGUCCGCAUGGAGUUCUACGGCUGUGAGCUGGAUGGCUGCUCAGUUCCCCUGGGCAUGGAGAGCGGACUGAUAGACGACAGUCGAAUCACAGCGAGCUCCACGGCCUCCAGCUGGUACUCUGGAUCCUGGAAACCUUCACUGGCACGCCUCAACAAACAGGGCACCAUCAACGCAUGGCGGGCGAAGUACAACGACAUGGGCCAGUGGCUCACGGUGGAGCUGCCUCAGGUCAAGAAAAUCACUGGUAUCGUAACUCAGGGAGCCAAGUCUCUGGGCACAGAGAUGUUUGUCAAGACCUACAUCCUGCAAUACAGCGACAACGGCAUCCACUGGACCGACUACACCGACGAUGAGGACCAGCCUUGCAGGUUAUUUUUCGGAAACACAAACAACAACGACCACGUGAAGAACUACAUCUUCCCUCCCAUCUUCUCUCGCUUCAUACGAAUCGUUCCCAGAAGCUGGACGAGCUCCAUCACCAUGAGGAUCGAGCUGCUGGGCUGCGACUUCGAGUGAUAGAAUAAAGACGGGGCAGGUCAAACAUGCUCAUAUAAAGAGGUGUAGAUAUCAGGGGGGAUAUGUUACUGUCAAUAUUUACAGCGACUGCCAAAAAAACCAUGAACCACUAACAUAAAGAAGGAAAUUUUAACCUAAAGUUGAUGCAGAUAGAGCCCCAAAUCAGUGCAUAAAAAAGCACUAGAAUGCAGGAAAUUAAGUCAUCCACAUAAUAUACACAUGCAAACUUAAAAACACAUGUAGGUCCACACAUAAGCACAUCCACUCUCACGCAUACAGCCAUGUGUAUUACAUAUAUAAAUAUACUGAGGCAGGCAAAAGCAAACACACACACAUUUACUGCUUCGAGCAUUUGUUAAACUCAUCAUACAGCCGGAGGAAUUCAGCUGCUACAUAAAUUAGGACUCCUGCCACUGGGAAAUUUCUUUUUUUUGUGUGUGCUAGACUUGCAUGUUGCAAUCAAGUGGGAUGCAAAAAAGUUUAAACUGCAAGUGAUUUGAACCAUUUUUGUCACUAGUUUUGUGUGUUGUUGCAUUUUUGAGUUGUGGCAUCCUUCAGAAAUAAACAUGAAUGAAUGUAAAUAUGUAAGUAGAGAUCAUGUAAUUUAUUUUUUAAUAAAUACGAUUCCCAUUCUUUUUA